AAAAUCUACAGUUUCUUCAAGGCAAUCGUAUAAAGGAAGCAGUCAUGUUUCACGAGUCCUCAAAACUGUGAGACAAGAGAAUGUAGUAGAGUGAGGCCAGAAGUCCUUACUGGUUCAAAGAACUCCAGGGAAACUGGGAUAAAACAUUUACAUUAUAAGUAGAACCCCAGGAGCCAGAGAUAUUUUUGAGUGAACUUUGCUAAGUAUGGAUUCAGGUGGUGGAAGUCUUGGAUUGCAUACAUCAGACUCUAGAAUGGCCCAUACCAUGAUUAUGCAGGAUUUUGUGGCUGGAAUGGCUGGUACUGCACAUAUCGAUGGAGACCAUAUUGUUGUUUCAGUUCCUGAAGCUGUAUUAGUUUCUGAUGUUGUCACAGAUGAUGGGAUAACUCUUGAUCAUGGCCUUGCUGCUGAAGUUGUCCAUGGGCCUGAUAUCAUCACAGAGACUGAUGUAGUAACAGAAGGUGUGAUUGUUCCUGAAGCUGUACUUGAAGCUGAUGUUGCCAUUGAAGAAGAUUUAGAGGAAGAUGAAGGGGAUCAUAUCUUGACUUCUGAACUAAUUACAGAAACCGUUAGGGUACCUGAGCAAGUUUUUGUGGCUGACCUUGUUACUGGUCCUGAUGGACACUUAGAACAUGUGGUCCAAGAUUGUGUUUCAGGAGUUGACUCUCCCACAAUGGUAUCAGAGGAGGUUCUUGUAACAAAUUCAGAUACAGAAACUGUGAUUCAAGCAGCUGGUGGUGUUCCUGGUUCUACAGUUACUAUAAAAACUGAAGAUGAUGAUGAUGAUGACGAUGAAGAUGAUGACGAUGAUGUCAAAAGCACUUCUGAAGACUACUUAAUGAUAUCUUUGGAUGAUGUUGGGGAGAAAUUAGAGCAUAUGGGAAACACACCAUUAAAAAUCGGCAGUGAUGGUUCACAAGAAGAUGUUAAAGAAGAUGGGUUUGGUUCAGAAGUUAUAAAAGUAUAUAUAUUUAAAGCAGAAGCUGAAGAUGAUGUUGAAAUAGGUGGAACAGAAAUUGUCACAGAAAGUGAGUACACCAGUGGACAUUCUGUAGCCGGAGUGCUUGACCAGAGCCGAAUGCAGCGGGAGAAGAUGGUUUACAUGGCAGUUAAAGAUUCUUCUCAGGAAGAAGAUGAUAUCAGAGAUGAAAGAAGAGUUUCCCGAAGGUAUGAAGAUUGUCAAGCAUCAGGAAAUACUUUGGAUUCAACAUUAGAAAACAGAAGUAGUACAGCAGCACAGUACCUUCAAAUUUGUGAUAGCAUUAAUACAAACAAAGUACUUAAACAGAAAUCCAAGAAGAGGAGAAAGGGAGAAACAAGGCAGUGGCAAACAGCUGUUAUAAUAGGUCCUGAUGGACAGCCCCUGACAGUAUACCCUUGCCAUAUUUGCACAAAAAAGUUUAAAUCCAGGGGAUUCUUAAAAAGACACAUGAAGAAUCAUCCUGAUCAUUUGAUGAGAAAAAAAUAUCAGUGUACAGAUUGUGACUUUACAACUAACAAGAAAGUAAGUUUCCAUAACCACUUAGAAAGCCAUAAGCUUAUAAAUAAAGUUGACAAAACACAUGAAUUUACAGAAUACACGAGAAGAUACAGAGAGGCUAGUCCACUGAGUUCAAAUAAGCUUAUUUUAAGAGACAAGGAGCCGAAGAUGCACAAGUGCAAAUACUGUGACUAUGAAACUGCCGAACAAGGACUGUUGAACAGACAUUUGCUGGCUGUUCACAGCAAGAAUUUUCCUCAUGUUUGUGUUGAAUGCGGGAAGGGUUUUCGCCAUCCUUCUGAACUCAAGAAACAUAUGAGAACCCAUACUGGUGAGAAGCCAUAUCAAUGUCAGUAUUGUGUCUUCAGGUGUGCAGAUCAAUCAAAUCUGAAAACUCACAUUAAGUCUAAACAUGGAAACAAUUUGCCAUAUAAAUGUGAGCAUUGUCCCCAAGCAUUUGGUGAUGAAAGGGAGCUUCAACGCCAUCUGGAUUUGUUUCAAGGACAUAAGACACACCAGUGUCCUCAUUGUGAUCAUAAGAGCACCAACUCAAGUGACCUUAAGCGGCACAUCAUAUCUGUCCAUACCAAGGAUUUUCCUCACAAAUGUGAGGUCUGUGAUAAAGGUUUUCAUCGUCCUUCUGAGCUCAAAAAGCAUAGUGAUAUUCAUAAGGGUAGGAAGAUUCAUCAGUGUAGGCACUGUGACUUUAAGACAUCAGAUCCAUUCAUUCUUAGUGGUCAUAUCCUUUCAGUUCAUACUAAGGAUCAGUCAUUGAAAUGUAAAAGGUGCAAGAGAGGGUUCAGACAGCAAAAUGAGCUCAAAAAGCAUAUGAAGACCCAUACUGGAAGGAAGAUUUACCAAUGUGAGUAUUGUGAAUACAGCACUACAGAUGCAUCUGGCUUUAAACGACAUGUGAUCUCAAUUCAUACAAAAGACUAUCCACACAGGUGUGAAUUCUGCAAGAAAGGAUUUCGAAGACCAUCAGAAAAAAAUCAGCAUAUUAUGAGGCACCACAAAGAGGCUCUUAUAUAAUUAUAUCAAUAUAAAGAAAGAAGCUAUUUACAAAAUAAGAUAUGCCACUUUGGAGGAAAAUCUGUUUUAACUGGUUUCAAAGCUUGAUAUUAAACCACAACUUUACAUUCUUUGUAUUAAAGAUCUUAAAAUAUUUGAAUUGACAGGGGAAUCUCAUAGCCCUUUGAAAAUUACAUAAUGAAUUUAGAAUUGUUUUAGCAAAAACUUAAAUGUCUAUUUAAUAGUAUUAUAUGCAUAAUUAAAUUACAAAGGGGAAAAGUAAAGACAAAUACCUUAUUGGCUGAUCAUACUGAGACAAAUGUUUCUGAAAAGAGAAUACAUCUUUGAGGAGUUUUAGCAAUGCUUUGCUUUAGCAAGCAAGCCUCACUUUUAUGCAAUUUUAGAAAUGGGGUAGGGAAAUAAAAUACAGUCAUCCAUCAGUCAUUUAGUCAUUGAGCCUUUUAUAUUGUACCUGGAAAUUGAAUUCCAGAAAAGGAAAAAGUUUUGUGUAUUCAUUCAAAUAAAUUUCACUGAAAAACAGGUUAGAUUGAUUCAGUACUAUUAAAAGAAUUUCAGAGCAGCUAAUAUUUUAUCACAGGAUAGGAUGUUUAAAAUACAGCAUUCUGUGCUGAAAUCUAGGGUAAAGUCUAAGGACUAAACUUCCCUUUUUUUCUGAUGUUCAAGUUUAUUGUUCUGUAUGGCAUAUAUGACAAAAGUAUAUUUGAGUCAAAUGUGGCUUUCUAAAAUGGAUGCAACUGUAGUGUUGCAAACAAAAUCAGCACUAUAUUUCUUAAUGAUCUAAAGAUUAAACUGAGAGAACACUUUUCUUAAAUAUAAUGUUUAGAGGUUUUUUUAGGGCGUCUUAGCAAGUAUGAUUAUUCUAGUCUUACUUGCUUUAAUGUUUAAAGGUGCAAUUUUAUGCCAUUAUUGAAAUUUUUGAUUUAAAAAAAACUAUAUACCAUGUUAUUAACAUGCGUUUUCAAUAUGAGGCAGUAUUUGUGUGGUAUUUAACAGAACAAUAUGCUGCCAAUAGAGUUUGGAGGUGGAUAUUCAGUUUACAGUGUAUAAAUUUAAAAUAUGCAUCCCUUUAACAACGCUUUGUGUUAGCAUGCUGCAAAUCAAAAUGGCGCUUAUAUUAAAAGCUGGUUUAGGGAAAUUUUAAUGAAAACCCUGUUCAUAAAUGUAAUGCAUAUGAUGUGUACUUUUAAGUUUUAGUUGCUUCAUGUUUACAUUCAGCUCUUCAACAUAAUUAAAAUGUAAUUUUACUUCAUGCUAUAUUGUGGCUUUGUGUUUCAAAUAAUGUUCACUUUUCUUCUUUUUUUUGCACCAGAUAAGAAUCAGUUACUUGAGAAUAUUUUUGUUAAUCUUUCUUAACUUCAGAAUAUUAAAUUUGGAAAAUCUAAAAUUGUGUGUUAUGUGGCUGUAAAUGAUGUACACGCUGUAAAAUAAGAUUGUCACUGUUAUGUGGGAUUAUUAUUUCUAAAUGUUACUCAUUGAAAUGAGCAUACAAUAAAAAGCAUUUAUUGCACUU